UAAACACAUAUAUCCAAACAUACAAAUAUGUAUCACAGAAUUAUGAUUUUCUGAUUUCGAAAAAUUUUGCUAUAAAUUAUGCGCGCAGAAUCGUAAUUGACAUCAGUUAACUCGCAGCAGCCAAUUAACAGCAAACUCUAACAAAAUGAAAUUCCUCAUCUGUUUCGCUCUCCUCUUCGCCGUCGCUCAGGCCAAUCCCGGUUUGGUGGCUCCUUUGACUUACUCCGCCGCUGCUGUGCCCGCCUACACCUCCUAUGCCGCUGCUCCAUAUGCCGCUUACUCCACCUAUGCUGCUCCUGCCGUCGCCACCUACUCUCACGCCGCUUACUCCGCCCCAGCUGUGGCCACUUACUCCCAUGUUGCUGCUCCUGCUGUCUACAGCGCUCCAGUUGCCCGUGUCGCAGCGGUAGCUCCAGUUGCUCCAGUCACCUACUCCGCUCCUUUGGUGUCCACUUUGUUGAAGAAGAAGUAAAUCGCUGAUUAUUUCAUAAAUGUGAAUGGAAAGAAAUGUUGAAUGACCAAAUAAAAAUUUAGAUGCAAUAUAA